AUGGCAGGCAUUUUUGAGGCGCCGCGGAAUGCGGACACGCUCUUCUUGGGUGGGCAGAAAAUCACCGGUGCUGAUGUCCGUGAGCAGAAUGUUCUGGCAACACAAGCCAUCGCUAAUGUCAUCAAAUCCUCCUUCGGUCCGUCCGGUUUGGACAAGAUGAUGGUGGAUGACAUAGGGGAUGUGACUGUGACGAACGAUGGCGCUACUAUUCUGUCUCUUCUUGAUAUUGAGCACCCUGCGGGCAAGAUCCUCGUUGAGCUGGCCCAACAACAGGACAAGGAGGUCGGAGAUGGCACCACCUCGGUUGUUCUGAUCGCCGCUGAGCUUCUCCGGAGAGGCAACGAGUUGAUGAAGAACCGUAUACACCCUACUACGAUCAUCAACGGAUACCGAAUUGCCCUGCGCGAGGCCGUCAAGUAUAUGAAUGAAAAUAUUACGACUAAGGUGGAUAAUAUCGGGAGGGAGAGCUUGGUCAACAUUGCGAAGACUUCCAUGUCCAGCAAGAUCAUCGGUUCCGAUUCCGAUUUCUUUGCGAACAUGUGUGUGGACGCAAUGUUGCAGGUGAAGUCUUUGAACCAGAGAGGCGAAGUCAAAUACCCAGUCAAGGCCGUGAACCUGCUUAAGGCCCACGGAAAAAGUGGCACUGAGUCCGUACUCGUGGACGGUUACGCGUUGAAUUGCACUGUUGCUUCCCAGGCCAUGACCACACACGUGGCCGACGCCAAGAUCGCCAUUCUCGAUAUGAAUCUGCAAAAGGAGCGGAUGAAGCUUGGUGUUCAGAUUACAGUGGAAGACCCCGAUCAACUGGAGAAGAUCCGUCAGCGAGAGUCCGGCAUUGUGAUGGAGCGUGUUGAUAUGAUUCUGAAGUCUGGUGCCAAUGUCGUCCUCACGACCAAGGGCAUCGACGACAUGGUUCUCAAGCUCUUCAUUGAAAGGGGGGCCAUGGCAGUCCGCCGCUGCAAGAAGGAAGACCUGCGCCGCAUUGCUAGGGCCACCGGUGCUACCAUGAUCAGCACCCUCUCUGACCUCAACGGAGAUGAGAAGUUCGACGCAUCACACCUUGGACACGCAGAGUCAGUUUCGCAAGAACGUAUCUCGGACGACGAGUGUAUCCUGAUCAGGGGUACCAAGAUCCACACUGCGGCUUCCAUUAUUCUCCGUGGUGCCAACGAGUACAGCUUGGACGAGAUGGAGCGCUCUGUUCACGACUCUCUGUGUGCGAUCAAGCGCACUCUGGAAAGCGGGAGCAUUGUUCCCGGCGGUGGAGCCGUGGAAACCGCACUUCACAUCUACCUUGAGGAAUUCGCAGUCACAGUGGGCUCCCGUGAGCAACUGGCCAUUGGCGAGUUCGCACAAUCUCUCCUUGUCAUUCCUCAGACUCUGGCAGUCAACGCAGCGAAGGAUUCAUCUGAGCUUGUUGCCCAGCUCCGUGUCCGCCACGCCCUGUCACAGCGUGUGCAGGAUGGCGAUGCUAACGAGGAGGAGAAGGCCAUUGCUAAGAAGAAGACCUACCGCAACUACGGUUUGGAUCUGACGAAGGGACGGGUUCACGACACUUUGAAGGCCGGUGUGCUGGAGCCCAGCAUGAGCAAGAUCAAGCAACUCAAGAGUGCUGUGGAGGCUUGCAUAUCCAUCAUGCGUAUUGACACGAUCAUCAAGCUGGACCCCGAGCAGCAGCAGGAUGACGGCCACGGCCACUAA